GUGUGGAGACCAGCCCACUGUUACAGAACACUUUCCCUGGUUGCGUUGAGAAGGCUCUAUCUAGCAGGAUCUCUGACUUUAGUGUUGCUCUCUGGCUGAACCAUGGCUGCACAGCUGGUUGUAGCGCUGCUGGCUCUCACCUCCCUGGGUGCUGCAUCUGAACCGGACUGUAAAGAGCUGGUUAAGCCUCUGGUACUGGACAGCCACAGCCCUAUCUAUGGGAAGUGGGUGCUUCAUGUGGGGUCAUGGGACCAGCCUGGCCUAAAGAAGGACCUGCUGAUGGUGAACAGCUCCUGGGUGGAUCUGUCGGCUUCCUCAGACAGCGGAGUCAUCACCAUUUACUGGUCCGACCGCCUAAGCGAAGAUAAAUGCCUUCAAGGUGUGGCCAAUGCCACCGUCUCAGGGAUGACCAGUCACACCACUUUUAAUAUCAACGGUCACACUUCAUAUCAUGAUGGGAAGUACUAUGAGACUUGCUCCGACUGCCUCCUGUCCGAAGACACCACCCUCCUCCCUGACGGCAAGUCAAAGGGACGAUACCUUUUCCUCUUUACACGGACUGGCGCUCUGGAGCCAUCUGAGUUAGAGACCUUCAAGAAGCAGGCUGAGUGUCUUAAAUUCCUCCCAGAGUACCACUUUGGAGGAACAGGUCAGACGUCAUUUGAGUUUUUUAGAUUAUACCCAAUUAAAUCAUCAAAGUACAUUUUCUUCAAACUACUUUCUUCCCUGUUCAGCCAUUUUUCCCUUGUUGUUUCAGAUCUGUGUCCAGAUGACAGGGAGCCAGCUGCACCUGCUGCUGAGAACACAGAGAAUGAUGAAACUGAGGUUCAGCCUGCUGCAAAGUAAAGCAGAGAUGUAUGUCAUAUCCCUUUCAACAGCACACACACACAAACUCCCAAACACAUCCAUUGUAACAUAUACUAAAUAGUGUUGUAAUGUGAUUUGCAUGUGCUGUGGAAUACCUUUUCAUUAGCAAUGGUCCAGUUAAUUUUAGCAGCAGAAAUUAGUGAAAGGCCUGCUGGUGUGAUGUCAUGUCAGAACUCUGGCUUGCAACAUGUUGUCUUAUUACUGUGUGUCUCUGUCCGCUAAGCUGUUUGACCUUUCAUGAUUUAGUUUUGGAAAUGUGACAUCUGAAUGGCUCAUGGCAUGUUCUGGCAGGUACAGUGAAGGCUGAAAAAUCCACCGAAAAACCUCUUUUCAAAUCAAUUUAACAAUCUGUAAAUAGAUGAUUAUAUAACUUUUUUCAAGUGGUUGUGUGAAGUAAAUAAAACAAUUUUCAUUCUC